GCGAUGCUGUUGCUGUGAAUUUGAUUGACGGGAAACAUGUCGUUGUGGUGGUGGGAACGAACAGGGAUGCAGUUGAUGGCAAGGGAGACGGGGAGUACCUGUACCCAAUCCACACAGAAUCACCUUUAAAAUGAUUAUACGACGCUGCUUUAGUAGGGUGUUUUUGAUCCGUUAUGUUGUUAUGAUGCAUCUUUUUUUAAAUUAGAAAUUGAGAAAGAAAACGCUCACUAGAUUUAUUAGAUGUGGCUUGAUCUGUUUCCGAUUUGUAAUUCUGUUAAGGAGGUAGCCUAGGCUAUCUGCAUAUUGUGUUUGAUGCUAUAGCCCUCAGCAUCAGUACCAGGCUCAAUCAGAAACACCUUGACGAAUCACCAUCAGGAAAUACAAGAAGGACUAUUGCAAUGGAGUCGCCUUUCACAUAGAUCACAUCUCGUCUCUAUACGAAUUUACUAAUAGAUACUACCACAACGGUUACUGGUCAUUUGCAAGUUGCGUUAUUACAUGGAGCUUUUUCCCCAUUCUUUUUGAAGUCGAUUUUUUAAAAGUACACAUAAAAAAGAUAACUGCUGGCAAACUAUGGACGAAGAGAAUAUGACUAAAAGCGACGAGCAUCAUCUGAGUUUGCAAAAAGCCUUGCAGCAGUGCGAGUUGGUGCAAAAUAUGAUAGACAUAAGCAUUUCCAGUUUAGAGGGUUUGAGGACCAAAUGUGCCACAUCCAACGACUUGACACAGAAAGAAAUACGAACGCUGGAGGGGAAGCUGGUGAAGUACUUCAGCCGCCAGCUCUCCUGUAAACUGAGGGUGGCCUUGGAGGAGCAGAGCGCUGAGCUGCAGGACUUCCCCAGACUGGGACACUGGUUCCGCAUCGUUAACCUCAGGAAGGAAGUUACUGAGGAGAUGGGUCUUGGCGAGGUAACUCUGGAAGGGCUGCUGGAGAUGAGUGAUGAGCAGGUGUGUCAGGCCAUGGAGAAGUUCGGGGCCAACGAAGAGGAGUGUGCCCGGCUCAACGCCUCUCUGUCCUGCCUCAGGAAAGCUCACAAAUCAGAACAACUCGAGGAUGACACAUUGCCCAAUGACGGAGCAGGCAGCCAUGCCAAGCAGGACUGGUCAAUCCAGUGGCCCACCUCUGAGUCCGGCAAGGAGAACACUCCCUUCCCCUCCCCCGAACCCAGCCAGUGGGUCCGCUUCCAGCUCUCCCAAAGCCCCAAAGUCCAGGCCAAAUACAACCAGCAGCACCCCAACCAGUUUCACAGCCCCCAGGCCUUGCUUCCCUAUCCGUACGGCCCCUACGUCCAGCCAGACCGCCUCACAGUGGACAGCCACCUGGGUCUGGGAGCCUUUCCCCCAAUGGACAUGGGCCACCGCUCCCUGCCCCCGUCGCCCAGACAAAGGCACUUUGCCCACACCCCUCCCCGGACGCCCCUGGUAGUCAACACCAUGACCCCGCCGGGUACGCCCCCCAUGAGACGCAGGAACAAGGUGAAGGCCCCCGGGACGCCCCCACCACCCAGCCGAAAGCUCAUUCACCUGCUGCCAGGUUUCACGGCGCUGCACCGCUCCAAGUCGCAUGAAUUCCAACUGGGCAACCGCAUAGUCCUGGAGCCGGCUGACACGCAGACGCCUAAGGUGAAGCAGAAGAAGUCCAAGCCUCAUCACCUGAAAAUCAACAGCAGCGUGGGGAGUUGUGAGAACCUCCCUACCCAGCGUUCGCCCCUCCACUCCUCCGACCACCGAUCCCUCCGCUCCUUCUUCUUCCCCACCUUCAUCCCCUCCACCCCCCCUGUCCACUCAGACACAAACACUCUUUCAGUGCCUCGUUGGUCCCCACAGAUCCCCCGCAGAGACCUGGGAAACUCCAUUAAACACAGGUUUUCCACCAAGUAUUGGAUGUCUCAAACAUGCAUAGUGUGUGGGAAAGGAAUGUUGUUUGGACUUAAAUGUAAAAACUGCAAACUGAAGUGCCACAACAAAUGCACCAAAGAAGCCCCACCUUGCCAUUUACUGAUCAUACAACGUGGAGGGAACAAUCCCCUCAAAGGUGUGACAGAUCUCCAAGGAAAUCAAGCUCGUCUGGUACGGACCGAGUCGGUACCAUGUGACAUCAACAACCCCCUCAGGUACACAGACCUGCACAUCAGUCAGACGCUGCCCAAAACCAACAAAAUCAACAAGGAUCACAUCCCCGUCCCAUACCAGCCAGAUUCUAGCAGUAACCCCUCCUCCACCACCUCCUCCACUCCCUCCUCCCCCGCUCCCCCCCUCCCCUCCAGUGCCACACCUCCCUCCCCAAUGCAUCCCUCCCCACAGUCGGCACGGCAACAGAAACAGUUCAAUUUAACAGCCUCUUCUUACUUCAAAUACAAGCAGCAGUUCAUCUUCCCAGAUGUCUCCCCAGUCCCAGAGGCCCCCAGCAGGGCACCCCAAGUCAUCCUGCACCCUGUCCUGUCUGAGCCUGGAGUGGAGGUGAACCCAUUAAACCCUAUACUACAGAUUGAAGUGGAACCUACAUCCGAUGUACGUCCCCCUCUGAUGACAUUGGAGGAUAAUGAAGAGGGCAAUGAUGAGGCCGAAAAUUCAGAGGAUGAGUUUGAGGAGAUGAACCUGUCUCUGCUGUCAGCCCGUAACUUCCCCAGAAAGGCCAGUCAAACAUCCAUUUUCCUACAGGAGUGGGACAUCCCCUUUGAGCAGCUGGAGAUUGGAGAGCUCAUCGGCAAAGGUCGCUUCGGCCAAGUGUUCCAUGGUCGUUGGCACGGCGAAGUGGCCAUCCGCCUCAUCGACAUUGAGCGUGACAACGAGGACCAGCUGAAGGCCUUUAAGAGGGAGGUGAUGGCCUACCGGAACACUCGACAUGAGAAUGUCGUCCUGUUCAUGGGAGCCUGCAUGAGCCCUCCACACCUGGCCAUCAUCACCAGUUUGUGUAAGGGAAGGACUCUGUAUUCAGUAGUGAGGGAUGCCAAAGUCAUCCUGGAUGUCAACAAAACCAGACAGAUCGCCCAGGAGAUGGUUAAGGGAAUGGGUUAUCUCCAUGCAAAGGGGAUUCUGCACAAGGACAUGAAGUCCAAGAAUGUCUUCUAUGACAAUGGCAAAGUUGUCAUCACUGACUUCGGACUCUUUACUAUAUCCGGAGUUCUUCAAGCUGGAAGUCGUAGACAGGACAAACUGAAGAUUCCCAGCGGAUGGUUGUGUCACCUGGCCCCUGAAAUUGUCUCUCAGCUUUCCCAUGAAACAGAGGAGGACAAGUUGCCUUUCUCCAAACAGUCGGAUGUGUUUGCGUUCGGCACUAUCUGGUAUGAGUUACAUGCACGUGAGUGGCCUUACAAGAACCAGCCGGCCGAGGUGAUCAUCUGGCAGGUGGGCAGCGGGACGAAGCCCAACCUCACGCAGAUUGGCAUGGGCAAAGAAAUAUCGGAUAUCUUACUCUUCUGCUGGGCGUUCGAACCAGAGGAGAGGCCUAGCUUCUCAAAGCUAGUGGAUCUGCUGGAGAAAUUGCCAAAACGGAACCGCCGCCUUUCCCACCCUGGGCACUUCUGGAAGUCAGCUGAGCUGUAGCCGAAGUAACCAUUGGACUGUGUCUUUGCGUGGUGAAGCUUAUCCCCGGCUCCUUCCGCUUGCUUCUGCUCUAUCGCUCCACCCCCUGUCCCCUAUUCUCAAUCCCCUCCGCCCCCCACCAGCUCCAUAUAUUCCCCUCAUCGUCCUGCCCUAGCCUUACCCACCUCAGCUCUAUCCCCUGCCUGGGCUUGCCGCGCCUCUACCACUACCAACCCCUUAAGCCUCUAACACACCCCAGCCGCUUCCUUGCCCCUUCCCUUUCCCAGCCAGAAUGCACCCUCUCUCUAGCCAUCAGCUGGCGGGAACCUGUUGUGGUUACAAUCCCUGACCCCGUGACCUUGCGCUCUGCCACAGAGACUGAGGAGGACAGUCAACGGAGAGACUUGGAAACAAAUUGACAGAGAGGCCUUUUCCGCUCUAUGCCUACAACUUUCUUUCUCCCCAGAACAACUUAACAGUAUAACAGUUUAAUCUUUUGGAGAUGUUUCAUACUGGGUUCAGGAACCAACACAUGUAUUCGAUCAUUCAAUAUGUAGCAUUUUCAUACCCAUCUAAUUUUACAGAAUUCUCAUAUGCCAGUAUCUGUCUGUAUGAACAUCAGAUGACUAUUUACAGCCUUUCAGCUUUGUAGAUAAUUAUUCAAAGUGACAUGCUGUGUCCCAUUCACAUGUGGUACAUCCAGAUACUGUACAUCGUCAUCACAUCCUAGAUCCUCACAGACAAAGUAUUUUUAUUUAUUUAUAUGGAUUUAUGUAUAUAUAUAUUUUUUUUUAUGACAUUUGUCAUAAAAAAUUAUAGAGAUUUACCCCAUCCAACCCCUUCAGCUGCUUGGAAGUAUUAACUGAUGUUUAAGUUUCAGGAUAUUUAUGAUGAAGUCAGCCUUUUAUAUUAAUUAUUCAGUCCUUUCACAUUCCAUGACAUUUCAGCAUUAUAUACUUGUGUCCUCUUGCCUUCAUCACUGCUGUAAUCUUGCUGUGGAUUUCUGACAGAAUAAGCAACUGUCAUCCAAUAUACAAUACUGCACAAAAGCUUUUAAUUUGCUGCCACAUACAGGAUUUUACUUUUCAGAAGUUACACGUCACACUCUAUUGUAUUCCUAUUUAACCGUACAUUACUCUCAUACCCAUUCAUAUGCUUCAGGUGUUUAUGCCUUAUUAGAUGGUUUGAUUGAAAGGAACUUUUUCAGAAAUUGUAUUUCUCUUGUACUGGCUUGGCCAGUACAAGUUGUGUGUUUCAGUUGUGUGGGGAAAGCACAUAGAGAAUGAUAGAGAUUAUGUGUAAAGGGUGAAAAAGAAUACCUGAAGUACAAGAUCUACAACUUCUCCCAACUUUAUUAUGAGGUUGGCCAACUUCGGAAUCUCUUCAACUUCAAACUCAUAAAAAAGGUAUAAUAUUGCUAGAGUAGCAAUGGUCUGAACUUUCCGAUUAUGCUAUUUCCAUUGAAUUAAUAACAUUGUCCUCAAACUUAAUAGGCCGGAGACUUUUCUGCGAUACAUCUCUACAACAUCAACAGCUCAUUUAUAUUCCCCACCAGUGAAGUUGCUGUUUAUUGGGAGACAUGGCAUUGUUGGUUUAAAUGUACCUCUAGCUGAUGGUACUCUAUCCACAUUAGUCAUUCCUUUAGAGUUCGGAGAGAGCUGAUUAGAGAAUACAGAUGGUGAGAGAGCUAAUUGGCCACAAUGACUACGUGUUUGUGGGUGUAUGUUGUGAGUAGGCACGUGUGUGUAUGUGUGUGUACUUGUGUUGAUUCAUGUAUUGCGUGUGCUGGUGGGGGUGCGUGUUUGGGCAUGCAUGUGUCUGUGCACGUAUGUUUGUAUGUGCGUUUUUUUCUGUGUGUGUUUCUGUAUAUAAUGUAGCCUGUGUGUGUAUUGUGGGUGUGUGUAAUGUGUGUGUGUGUGUGUGUGCCUGUGAUUAGUUCUCCCCACCACGAAUGUAGAAUGUCUGGUUUAAACGUCAUACAGCUAUGCAUAAAAUGAAAGGUUUUCACUAUAAAGGAAACACUUUCAGAUUCCAACUAUUAAAAUAGUCCUCUGUAAAAUUUCCCACCCUACAAAGUAAAAGCGAUUUUUCUGUGGGGUGCGUUGAAACUAGAGACUACAUACCCAACUGUUAGAAAUGUCACUUAGAAAUGUCCUUGUUUUCCAUGAAAACAUGCAUGAAAUUAGUUUGAA